AAUAGCAUGCUAUUUAAGUUGUGAUCAAAAUAUCUCUUGUUUUGGCGCGACAAUGUAGUCGCUUUUCGGUGGCAUCUGAGUUAUUUCUCGGGACAUCCUGUUCGGAUUUGAUGCCUUUCUGACUUUGAUUAUAGCAUUGUUCUACUCCGGACUAAGGUGGCUUCCUUACUGUUACCGUAGAGGGGAGGGUGUCGUGCAAUUAAGUCAACAUGAAUGGAGAGGUCCCAAGUGUUCCCAUUACAACCUUGUCUGGUAUAUCAAGUCUGACUGACUUGUUAACAGAGCUUCCGUUGCCCUCGCCGUUACCCUGCACAGUCAACAACAAAGGGUUGUUGUACAGCCCUCGCGUGGCAGAUGAAGCCAAACGUCUCCUUGGAAUCCAAGAUGAGAAUCUGGUACCCCAGCUUCUGCAUGCGCUCAGCCAGACCAACACAGACAACAUUGAACUGAAAGACAAGUCAAGUAGUAAUGAAAUUGAAGGCGACAUACCGGUCUUACUGCAAGCGAUACUGGCUCGUAGUCCCAAUGUCUUCAAACACAAGCGGAUGGAACAGAUGGGAGGUGUGUCGCCCAGACAACCCAUGGCCCCCUCGCCUUACUACCAGCAGUCGCCGGAGGGCGCCAUUCAGCACAGCCCCUACAGUCGGACUCACACCAUGGGCAUGCAAGGCAACUCGUCCCCGCUAUUCACCCCAAACAGCCCGGCGGCCUACCCGCAGGGGAGCUCAGUCAAAGUGCCCCACGGAAGCCCGACCAGAUAUCAACAUGUUGGACUGUCUGGACAAGGAUCACCCGUGCCAACGUCAGUCAAUGGUUACACGGGGCAUCAGUUGUCCCCAGCUACUGCCACAAGUCCCAGUCAGCCUGUGCCAACUCCACCGCCCGUACAGGCCAAAUCAAGAUCUCAACUAGCACAGCCACCUAAUGGAGCCGGUCCUUCAGGAGACUAUGUUCAACAGCCUGCCCCAAGGGGGAGAGGACGCCCACGCAAACGGCCACCAAACCAGGAAGUCAAUCAGAGAGCUGUAUCCGGAAGGGAAUCUGACGGAGGGGUGUCUGUCAGUGCAUAUCAGUCCCCUGCCAGUUAUCAAGCCGAUCCGCACACCAGCCAAGAAAGCUCCUCUCACGAUGUCACCGAGUCGGACUCGUCGGUCAAGGACUCCAGCCGGCGCCGAAAGCGCAGCAAAUCCCACAAAGAGGAUCGGGACAGGGACAAAGAGCUGCCGCAGUACAACAUCGUGAGUUCCCCGGACACCAGCGGCUCCACGAAGAUCAAACUGAAGCUGACGAGGUUUCCGGUCAAGUCCAGCGAGCCCAAAGAAAAGGAGAAAGACAAGGUGCCGGCGGAGCCGAAACGUGAGACCGUCGUGAGGCAGCCAGAGACUGUGUUGACGGCCCAACCUGAAACGGUUUUGAAGGAACCGGAACAAGUCGUGAAGCAAGAAGUGAGACGGGACAUGCGAAACGAGUAUGCCUUUGAGGAAGAUUCCAAUUUAGAUGAAAGGACAGGUGUCGUCGGGGUUAGAGAUAGGAAAACUCCCAAAGCGGUACCCAAACCGAACGCGGAAGUAGUUCAGUCAAAUAAGGAUGUACCUCAAACUCGAGAGGUUAAACCUCAUCCUCAAGAGGUACCCGAACCUCAAGAGGUACCCGAACCUCAAGAGGUUUCCAAGCCUCAGGACGUGCCUCAGCCACAAGAAGUACAUGAGGAGGAGGACGACACCCCAGCAAAUAAGGCCAGAAGAACAUCGACACGUAACAAAGAUAGCAACGAAGACGAAGACAAUGCUUCCGCGAACGGCUCAGACGAGCAGGAAUCGGCGGCUAAAAGUGCAAUCAGUCAACCCAGGAUACUACUCACCAAGCUGUCCAUAUCGGAGGACCAGGCAGCCUUACUGAACAAACCCAUGGGACGGGGCAAGAAGCGACAGCGGAAGGACAUGGAGAGCGAAGAGGAGUGGGAACCGGCGCCGCCUCCGGCAUCCAGACAGGAGUCCCUGCCGUCCCCAGUGUCUCAGGGUCCCCCAGCGCAGAUCUUCAUCGAGAGAGAAGAGGCAGAUAAAGAUAAUGAUGAUGAAGAAGAAGAAGCACCAAAGAAGAGACUAAAGAGGGACAAAACGCCAAACAAGAGGGUCACAUAUCUAGACGACGAUGAGCUGACCGAGUCAGCCACCUUCAAGAGGUUCCAUGCAGCCAUGGAGUCAGUGUUUGAAGGAUCUGAAGAUAUGGAGAUUAGUGUCGAGCAAGCUGACGAUGAAGAGGAGACAGACGAGUGUAAUCCAGAGCUCCUCAUCAGCAAACCUCUCCUGAAUGAUCUGGUCUCAGAAUCGGCCAAACUCAAAUCCAUGGGUGUUAUGAACCAGAUUCCUCACGAGAAGCUUGUCCGGCUGUUGAACAUCCUGGAGAGAAACAUCCGUGAUGGAACAAAAGUGAAGCCCAACGUUAACCAUGACGAGGGAGGUCGUGGGGAGCGUCUAUGGCGAGAGCUGGCCAUGGAGAGGAUCACGCGCUCCAUCGACUCGGCCCUGACUGCCCUCUACAUCAUGACCUCAGAGGCCAUGCCCAAGGAGGUGUUCAUCGAGGAUGUCAUCGACCGCAUCGCCAACCUGGCCAAGUUCCAGCUGCAGAACUCCAUCUACCCACAGUUUGAUCCCGUCUAUCGAGUCAACACGGAUAAGAAUGCAGUGUACACCAACAUGAAGAUGAAGCGUGCCCGUGCCCACGGAUCCACAGAGAAGUCCAUUCUUGCCUUGUACAACAAACUGUGUGUCCUGGUCUCCAACGUAGCCGAGCUGUUGGACAUACAGAUCCUAACUGACUCAACAGUAUUGUUGGUAUCGUCUAUUGGGACGGCGCCUUUCUUUGUGGAGAACAUCAGUGAACUGCAGCUCAGUGCAAUGAAACUCAUCUCAACAGUGUUUUCUAAGUACGAGAAGCAUAGACAGCUGAUCUUGGAAGACAUCUUUGCAUCCCUAGCCAGGUUGCCUUCCAGUAAGAAGAACCUCAGAAACUUCAGGUUAAACCAAGACACCAAUGUUCAAAUGGUGACGGCGCUGGUCCUGCAGUUGAUUCAGUGUGUGGUGGUUCUGCCGCAACACAAAGACGACCCAGCAGGAGACCAGGAGGACUCAGACGAUGAGUACAAUUACGACGACGACACCCUAAAAAAGACCAGAGAGACGGACAAGGAUGUCUUGAUAAUCAACGCCUACGAGACUGCUGUCAGAACAGGCCAGAACUUCUUGUCAGUUUUCCUGAAGAAGUGCGUCAGUCGUGAUGAGGAGGACUAUCGGCCGCUCUUUGAGAACUUUGUCCAGGAUCUCUUGUCAGCUGUCAACAAACCAGAGUGGCCUGCGGCUGAGCUGUUACUGAGCCUGCUGGGAAGGUUACUGAUGCAUCAGUUCAACAACCGUUCCAAUGACAUGACCAUGCGCGUCUCGUCAUUAGAUUACUUGGGUCAGAUAGCCAGUCGACUGAGGAAGCACGCUGUGUCCAGUAAUAUGGACCAAGGAACUCUGGAUACUAUCGUUAACCAGACAAGUGCAGCACGUGGUGACCAGUCUCCACAUGACAAGGAUUCCAAAGACUCCGAUCAGAAGGAUUAUAUUCAGAACUUGCAGCAAGCCAUGCUAGACUACUUGUCAUACAACAGCCAGAAUGAUCCUGCAAUACUGUUUGCCAGGCAAUUCCUAGUAGCCCAGUGGUACCGCGACACCACGGCCGAAGUGGAGCAGACCAUCAAGGCCCCGCCGCCCCAGCGUGACGACAGCGACGAUGACGAGGACAGCGACCGCGAGAACAACGCCGUCGACACCACCACGGAGAUCCUACAAGCAGCUGAGAGGAGGAAGCUGUUCCUGAAAUCCUUCAUCAAAGUCGCCGCCCGCUCCAAUCUCUCAUUCAAGAGGUCACGGCACAUCUUAACGUAUGAAAGCUCGUCCCUGGUAGCAAGAUACCUAGCUUCAAAGAGACCCUUCUCACAGAGCUUUGACAUCUACCUAAGUCAGAUCCUGCGAGUACUGAGUGAGACGGCCGUAGCAGUCAGGACCAAAGCCAUGAAGUGUCUGUCCUCGGUUGUAGCAGCUGACCCGUCUGUAUUGGGAAGGGCUGACGUACAACGUGCUGUGCACUGUCGAUUCAUGGACCAGUCCACCAGCGUCAGGGAAGCGGCGGUGGAGCUAGUGGGCAAGUUUGUCCUGAUGAAACCGGAGCUCAUCAAUCGCUACUACACCAUGCUGAUUGAGAGAAUACUGGAUACUGGUAUCAGCGUGCGUAAGCGGGUCAUCAAAACCCUACGCGACAUCUGCAUCGAGCAAGCAGACUUCCCCAAGGUGCCUGAGAUAUGUAACAAGAUCAUCAGACGAGUCAACGACGAAGAAGGCAUUAAGAAACUUGUGAACGAGACAUUCCAACAGAUGUGGUUUGCCCCGCUCCCGACAGCCAACACCGACAAACUGCUGAAGAGAGCCCUCAACGUCAUCGAAGUGGUCGCGGCCAGUAAAGAAUCCGGCUACGACUGGUUGGAACAACUCCUGACAAAUUUGUUGAAAGCAGAGGAAGAUGCUCGACAGAAACCCGUCCAGAAAUCUUGCCUACAGAUCACCGACUGCCUGGUGGAACAUGUCCUCAGAUUAGAACUCCAAUCAACAGAAUCCUCGGCAGAAGGCAAAGCCAGCAGUCAGCGCCUGGUCAGCUGUCUACAGACGUUAUAUCUCUUCAGUAAAGUCAAACCAGAGCUCAUGCUGACCCAUGCCACCACGUUCCAACCCUACCUCAGCACAAGAUGCAGUACGCAAGGUGAUUUCUUGGUCAUUCACAACGUCGCCCGCAUCCUGGAGCUCGUCGUCCCCCUCAUGGAUCAUCCCAGCGAGAUAUUCCUGGCUAGUCUGGAAGAAGACAUGAUGAAACUGAUCAUCAGACACGGCCAAACGGUAUUACAGAGCUGUGUCAGCUGUCUUGGUGCUAUCGUCAACAAAGUCACCCACAAUUACAAACUGGUCAGGGAUUGUUUCCAGAAAUACUUUGCGGUGCUGUCCAAGCUGAAAGCGGAACACGAGUCCAACCCGGAGAGCGCCACCAUGGCCAAGAACAAGAACACACUCUUGAGGGCGCUCUUCACCGUCGGACUGUUCUGUAAACACUUUGACUUUGAUGCGGGCAUCAAGCACUCAAAGACUGGUGACAGUCCAAGAACACCCAGGAAUCAACAUGUGUCGACAGGCGAAACUCCACACACUGUCCCUAAUAACGCGCAGCAAACCAGUAAAUUGCUGCAAACGGCCUCAAAUCCCACGCCAAAUAUGGUAGCUUGUAUGCCAGUUAUUACUCUGACUGCUUCACAAAGCCUGACAAACCAGGUCGAAUCUGUGCCAAUCAGGGAACGCGUCUUUGACGUCCUCUUCUACUUCUGUCAUCACGAGGAUGAGGAGGUCCGCAUGAAGGCCAUCAGCGGGGCCGGCUUCCUGUGCAAUCGUCACGCCAACUUCCUACUGGGCACCAAGAUGAAGACGCUCUACUGGGACAUCAUGAUGUACGGCGAUUCCUCCAUCAAACUUCUCUGUCAGGUAUUGCGGAAUCUCCAGCUCUACUUGACCGAGGAAGAUGAAAGGAUGAGAAGAGCUGAUGCUGAAUGGAACAAGCUCGGUAACAAGGAAGACUUGAAGGAAAUGGGUGACAUACAGUCAGGGAUGAGUAGUUCCAUAAUGCAGCUAUAUCUGAAGCAAGUCAUGGAGGCCAUGAUGCAUACGCAAUCCUUAGUACGCCUGUCAGCAUUACAAGUCGUCAUAGCCACAUUGAAACAGGGUCUAGUACACCCCGUACAGUGUGUACCAUACCUGAUUGCCAUGGGCAGUGACCCAGAAGCUACUAUCAGGAUAAAAGCUGACCAGCAACUAUCGGACAUCGACAGCAGAUAUCCUGGAUUCAUUCAGAUGAAAGCCCUGGCCGGUAUCAAGAUGGCCUUCCGUCUGCAGAGGCUUCUCCAGGAGGGCCAGUUGACGCCCCUGCGUGGCAUGAGAGAGAAGGACAGCUACUACAGCCUCAACAACCACACCUACAGUAUCAUCAGGGGUCAUCGCCAACACCGGAGGGCGCUGUUGCUCUGUCUCCUCAACCUAUUUGAUGAACAAGCUAAGACAGACUUGGAUCUGUUAGUCUUUGUAGCCGACAACCUUGCCUACUUUCCCUACGUCACCCAAGACGAGCCCCUCUUUGUCAUGCAUCACAUCGAGAUAACGGUGUCUGUCUCUGGAGCCAACCUACUCCAGUCAUUCAAAGAUUCGUUCAUGAAGAAGCAGCCUUCAAGACCAGGCUCACGCUCAUCCAGAGGGAGUGUGGACGCCAGGAGAAACGACGACUUCAGCGAUGACGACGACGAAGAUGAAGAGGUCCUCAUGGGAUUGAUACCAGAGGAUCCCAGUACGCUACUGGAGUGCUGUGUGGCGUCGCAAGCCUGCAUCAUGCUGCUGGUUCUCAAGCAACAUCUCAAGGAUAUGUACGGCUUCAGGGAUAGCACAAUCCAUCGCUACUCCCCUACCGACGCGUCCAAAGUCAACGACAAGUCGCUCAACCGCAAGAGCAGUGUAACGUUCAACCCCGCCAGGGCCCUGGAGCUGUUAUGUGUAGGACAGCCUAAGACACCACUCACCGAACGCGAUAAGAGGGACAUUGUAGCGGAGUACCUUGAUUUCAAGCAGCUCAUGGAGUUGAUGGAUCCGUCGGACGAUGAGGAGGAGGACCCUGACCGAUCCAAGACCCCUAACGCUGCCACCGCUGCCACCACUGCAGCAGCAUCCACCUCGGCCCACAACACCUCAGGGAACACGGACGACGAUGGCAGGCCACACUCUGCAGCGGGAGCGUCGAGUCCUAACGCCGUCGUCGUGGUCAAGGACGAUGAGGAUUCAGAUGUUGCACCAUUGACGCCACCUUCAGUAGAGGUACACAAAGUCAAACGGCCGAAGCCGAAAGGAAGAAAACCCGCACCGAAAGUCAUCAAGAAAACACCCAAGCCACGGAAGAAACGACGAAAAUAUGUUGAUGACAGCGACGAGGAUGAUGACAGUGAUGAUAGUGACUUCAUGGUGUAAAUACAGCUCCACGACCUUUUGAACUUCAACCUCUGACCUGCGACAUUUGACCCCAAGCCCAGCCGACCACAAUGUGCAUGGAAACCACGCCCACAAACACCAACUGUCACAAAGGCCAGUAACUUAUCAUCCAGACACUUUCAACACACUUCAAACAAGUAUUAAUUUUUUUUUUAAAUUUCUUGUGAAUAAUUCAGGUUUUAUGAAAUACUCUUGUUUGAAACUGUUACGCCAUUUUACAGGAAAAUAUCAAAAUAUUUGGUUUUCACAUAUUUUGUCCAUUUUCUCCCCAAAGUUGACCGAUGGCAUUGAUUUGGUUGUCUGUUUUAUUAUUCAGUACAUUUUUUUUUUACAAAAUUGUUACAGAAAAUAGAAGAGAACAUGGAACAAAAUUAAGACUGCUUGCCUAUUGGGGGAAGGUCUUUUAUUGACAGUGAUGAUACACAUUUUUGCCGUUAAGGGGGUACAAUUCGGUCGAUUCACAAUGCAGUGUGCCACCAAGAGUUUGCCACGGAGAGUCCAUUUUUCAAAUUUACGGUCGACAAAACACGGCCCAUUUGGAUAAGUGUCAGUAGACAACUUGAGCUAAUUUGUUAUUGAUUGGGGCAAAGCAUUCUGCCACCUUACAACAAACCCCAAAUUGAUAAAAAGAACUGAAAAGGGCAAACAGAUACUCGAAUCAUACGCUUACGAAACUACUGACCAGAAAAACUAACAAAUUCAAAUGUCCCGUGCUGCCAAUUUGUCGACCAUCUCCCACAAUGCACUGGGAAAAAUGAACUCUCUGUGGCAAACUCUUGGUGGCGCACUGCAUUGUGAAUCGCCCGAAUUGAUAUACUCCAUUUUGCCCGUACAUCCAUUCUCCGCAGAUGUGAAUCUCACGUAAUCUUAAACAUGAUAUUUUCUAGAAUCGGCGACCUGUACAAAACCAAGCUUGGACACUUUUUUGUAUGAAUCAUCAUUAACCAGGGAUUGGCGUUGUACAGACUUUACUUAUAAUUAUUCUUUCAUAGUUUCAACUUUGUAAAUUAUGACGAGGAACCUUUUGAGAGUUUUGUAUUACAAAUUUGUUUGGAUGUUUUUUGAACAGGUUUUUUUAUCACUCGGCUGUGUAUCACGCUUUAGUUUUGUGAAAAACAUACAAAAAGCCUUGGAUUUUAAUACCGAAUUUCCGAAAGUUGACGGUUCCAAAGUUUUAUGUGUCAGAUUGUGUGUACAAACCCCAAUUUUUAAGAUGCCAAAAGUGGUUCUGGAUACAGAAAGAAAACAGGUUCAGUUUUCACAUUUUUCUUGUGUUUCAGCCAAAAAAA